ACUGUAGCUCCUGCCUCCAAAGUGCCAAUGCUUUGAUUGCCCAGAGAACGCCAAGGGAAAGAUGCUGGACCUCAGCUUCCUCACAGAAGAGGAGUAUGGGAAGCUGAUGAAGGUGCUGCAGAGGGAUGCCGAGCUGAAGAAAAGGGAUGGAGAUCGUAUCAGGCGAUUGGAAGGCUCACUGAAGGAUGAAAAGAAGAAGAAAUUUGUGACUGGACAAUGGUUCCAUGAGGUGAAGGCACAGCGCUUCCAGGAGGCAUUGGAAGGCCCAGAACUACUCCGAGCAUCGAUUAAAAAGAAAAAGGGUAACUUUGACCGUGAGAAUAAUGAACAUAUCCCAGAGAGUCCGAAAGACAGGAAAUCAUUCUUGCCACCAGAAGCAACAGUUUUGCCUUCCGCUAUCUCAGAAGAAGAAAGGUCAUGUGAAGCUUCUUUGGAUUCAGCAGAAGGACACAGAUCCAAACCAAAGCCAAGGCUAAGGUUGUGUACUCUUCCAUCCUCUGCAGAGAAGAGAUCAAGCCUAGAAGAUAUCUCUCCAGCAGACAGUGGCGUUGGUAUAAGUCCUUUCCUGGUUACAAGAAGCAACUUGCAAGGAUAUGGAAAAGGUCAUGAAAUACCCUCAACAAUAUCCAGAAAGCUUUCUGAAAAGGAUCUUGAUGAUUUUUCUUACUCAACUGGCGGGGAUGUUGCAGAUGCUCCUUCAAAAAGCCACACAUUCUCACCAGUUCCACAGGAAGAAUUUAGCCCUUCCAGCAAAAUACCCGUGAAGAGGAUGUCCAACAAAGGAUCGUUCCAACCUAGCACAGUUUUAGCUAAUGGAGCUGAGAAUCCCGAGUUUGGUCUAGCAAAGAGAGAAUCACCAAAAAGCUCAAAAUUACCCACUCUAGAUUGGGAAAAUGGCCGUUCUGUCAAACAAGGAGCCAAUUAUACAAUCUCCUCUAGCAACAAUAAAGAUGAGGAGAUUGGUCUGGAUUGGGAACACUUUAAGAACCUGAAGAACUUUUGGGAGAAGGGUGGGGAGCCCCUCUUGACUAAUGAUGUAUCUGAAAUCUCAGCAGAAAAGGCCAGCACCACAGAGGCCAAUGGAAGGCCAUCAAGACUGAACCGAUCUCUCUCAGCCCAGUCUAAUAACAGCCAAAAUGGUGGCGACAAGUUCACUUCUAAUAUACACCCCAAAGCCAGAAUCCCCUACAGGAAGCCAGUUGCCUUGUCUUCCAGUGAAGAUGAGCCCACUUACAUAGCUCCUCCUAGGAAAGGAUCGGGAUCUGCAAUCCCCCGGUCCACGUAUGGCAGAAGCAAAGGGGCAAUGACCAACAGAAAUAGCCUAAGUGAUGGGAAUGGGAAGCAGUCUCCAGUGGAGGAGGAGAAGAAGGUACCACGUUGCACAAGGAGAUCAAAGUUGCCGAUUCGAGUGCCAUCAGUCAAAAUAGAGGCACCGGCUAAAGAGCGGACUGGCAUCAUUUUUGAGCCAGAGACCCCUGCUGAUGAGUUUAUUAUGGCUGAUGAAAGCAAACGUAAGACUGAUUCUUUAGCAGGUAGGGUUCAGAUAUUGAUAGAGUCUGUAUCUUCAGAGGAUAUUGAUAAAGUUGGUAGCUUUGUGGAAAUAAGUUCUGACUUGGGCUCUCAAGACAACCUGGAAAUGGAAAAGAAGCAGCUUAAAGAUGGGCCUAGUAGCCUUGCAGAGGACCCACUACAAAACGAGGCUGUAGAUGAAAGAGGAGUCGCUCAGGAAGUGGAUUCUUCCAUGCUUUCAGAGGGAAAUGAACAUCAUUCUCUGGCUGCCAAGAAUUUAAUAUGUGCCAAUGGCUAUAGCCUUACGAAGAGCUUGGUGAACAUUUAUACUACCACAGAAACGUACACUAAGCCUCAGGUGCCAAACCACCAGUACCUUGAGCCUGAGAGGGCCAAAGACUUUAGCAAAUCCACUCCUCUCCUGCUGUCUGAGACGGAAUCAGACACAGCUUCAGAAAUCAGCUUCCAGUUCAGCAGGCACAAGAAGACCCCCAGUGUGGGGAGCCACUCCUCUGAUAUGGCCUCCGUCUCCUCGGUGAGUGGCAGUGUCCUGAGUGUCUACAGUGGUGAUUUUGGGAGUGUCGAUGCCCAGGGACACGUUCAGUUUGCCCUGGAUUAUGAUGAGAAGAACCGGGAAUUUCAAAUUUUCGUUUGUCAGUGCAAGGACCUGGCCAUUGUGGAUGAAAAGAAAGGAAGGACAGACCCGUACGUCAAAACCUACCUGCUUCCAGACAAAGCACGGAUGGGCAAGAGGAAGUCAUCUGUGAGGAGAAGAACUGUUAACCCCGUUUUCAAUGAGGUGUUGCAGUACAAAAUAGAGAAAAUGGUCCUGCUGAUUCAAAAACUAAACCUCUCCAUUUGGCACAAUGACCCUUUGGGACGCAAUAGUUUCCUGGGCGAGGUGGAAAUAGACCUUGCCAGCUGGGACUGGCAGAACAAUAAACUGAACUGGUAUAUGCUCAAGCCACGGAUCCUCCCAGCCAUCAAUCAUGUCGACCAUCGGGGUGUGAUGAACCUGUCCAUCAAGUAUAUCCCACCAAGCAGCCUAGGUCCAUUAACUCCUCCAACUGGAGAAGUCCAUAUCUGGGUGAAAGACGCUAAAGACCUCCCACAGUUACGUCCUUCUGGAGUGGAUUCCUUUGUGAAAUGCUACAUCCUUCCAGACACCAGUAAGAAGAGUUAUCAGAAAACCAGAAUUAUCAAGAGAGAUUCAAACCCUGUCUUCAAUCACACCAUUGUGUAUGAUGGAUUUCACACAGAAGAUCUGAAGGAUGCGUGUGUGGAGCUGACCGUCUGGGAUCAUGAAAAGCUGACCGAUCACUUCCUUGGUGGCAUCCGACUGGGAGUAGGGACAGGUAUUAGCUACGGGAUUCGUGUUAAUUGGAUGGAUUCCACACAAGAGGAGGUGGUCUUUUGGCGGGAAAUGAUGACGACACCAAAUGAAUGGAUUGAAGGAUCAAUGCCUUUGCGCUCCUUGGCAGGGAAAAAGAAGUAUAAAUGAAACUCUGGGAACUCUAUGAAUCAUCUGAGAUGAAGUUUUGAGUACAGGUGACAGACAGGGGAGGACUCUUGACUGCCAGUAAGCAUAAGGCUAUUUAGAUCAUGUUUGUGACAUAUUCCAAAGAAGCUAAGUAUUGUUUCUUAUCCCAAGAGAGAUCUGAAAAGAUAUAAUACCGAUAUCACAUUUCAGCUUAGGUAAAAAGCACGGAAGAACUACUGUUUACCUCCACAACAUUAUGUACUACAAAUUAAGUUUUGUUUUGUCUUUAAUUAGAUUUUGGAUAUGUACCCAAAAGGCAAGGAAGAAGAGGUGUAAAUAUUUUAUAGGUUUUUGAAUUUUCUGUUCUAUUACUAUUCCCAUGAUGGUUUUGUUUGUUUGUUUUUCUGGGCAGAGGAAGUUAUAAUAAAAACUGUGGUGUAGCAUUCAUCAGUGAGCACAAUAUCUCUUUUGCUGAAUUUAUUAUAUUGUUCUGUCCUGGUUCAAAUGGUUUUGUUUAUUUUUCAUAAUUGGAACAGCUUGGGGUUGUAUCUGGCAUAGGUAUCCUGUUACCACAAGGACUUCCACUUUAGCAACAGAACUUCCCUCUCCCUUUGUGCCCACUCCUCCUAAAUACCAACGAUGGUUGGAACCUUAAGGAAAGAUUUGGGGGCACACAGGGGAGGAGUGGAAGGAGAACUUCCAUUGAGCAAGUGGAAGUCCUUUGUGCCAUCACAAGAAUGACUUUGUUGAAUACAAUCUGUUGAAUACAAUCAGUUUUUAUAACUUUAUGUUGUGAUUUUGAAACCUGUUGUGGGAGAUUAUUGAGGAAAGGCAAGUAAGAAAUGUCACAAAUAAAUAUAAAUAACUUCUCUUUUUCAGUGUUGCCACACCCUUUAUGUUUCACUUUAAAAAUGGGAAAUGCUUGAUAAGACCAAAAAAACAAGUAGGUACAGCACUUCCCACUAUUUUGGGGGGGUGGGUCCGGUAGCCUGUAACAUGUAAACUAAAAUAUCCUUAUGUUUCAUGGUGUGCAAUGCUUAUGAAUGUUACCUGUAAGUCAUAAACAUCUCUUAAUGCUGUACCCCUCCUGAUAUGGGUCUGUGAAUAUGUGCCUUGAAUGUUAAUUAUAUAUAAUAAACCUGAAGAUCAUGU